AUGUGGCGGACGGAGACUGGUGCUGAGGUGCUGACCUUGGACAGCCCUGCUGGCGACCAGGUGAGCAAGAUCGAGACGCCUUCAAAUGGACAGGUCGACCCGUGGCCUGCUCCGGAUGAUGCAUUCAAAGGCACCCCAACCCCAAGGAUACCCAAUCGAUUGGCAGCGAUUGCCAUGCAGGAUGCUUCAGAGAAAAAGAAAUCCAAGCUGAGAAGCAUGCGAAAGACGUACAGUCGUUUGCAGGUAAUACUUGAGGAGGAGCUGGGAUCGCAACGACAAAGAAUACGAGAGAAAUACAAGGCGCGGCUCAUGCGCAUUGCGAAUAAAGCCUAA